AUGGCUUCCUACCUGCUAGCGAUCAAUUGCGGAUCAUCCUCCAUCAAAGGUAAACUCUAUGGUAUACCAAAAUCACCUUCCGACCCAUUAGAUUCCCAAGCCUCGUUGGAAGUGGUGAAUAUAGGAUCGAAAGAUGAGAAGGUGAAGAUAAAGAUCACAUGGGAAGGAGAUAAGGGGGAGAAUCUAGAGGAAGAGGGUAAAAAUGGUGAUGAGGUCGAUUACGAAUCUCUCAUUCCCUUCUUGCUCGAUCAUCUCACUUCAUCCGCUGUUAAUCUCAAGACCGAUGAUAUCAAAUUUGUGACACAUAGAAUUGUCCAUGGAGGAGCACAUACGAAAGGAAUAAUUGUCACUAGAGAACAUGAAGAAGCCUUGGAAGAAAUGGAUAGAUUAUCUGAAUUUGCUCCUCUUCAUAACCACCACGCAGUAGUAGCCGUCAGAUCGUGUCUCGACGCCCUACCACAUCAUACAUCACUGAUGGUGUUCGAUACACUCUUCCAUGCAUCGAUUCCCGAGGAAGUAUAUACCUAUGCACUCCCACCACCCGAUAGAGAUCUUGUCAUGCCUUUGAGGAAAUACGGUUUCCAUGGUUUAUCAUACGCUUCGAUCGUACAAUCAAUGUCUCAGCAAUUGGAUAAAGAGCCAAAAGAUAUAAAUUUGGUGGUGGCGCAUCUAGGGAGUGGAGCUUCGGCUUGUUGUAUCAAGAAUGGAGAAUCGAUCGAUACCACUAUGGGUCUGACACCUCUCGAAGGUCUUAUCGGAGGUACAAGAUCGGGUACGAUCGACCCAACAGCUAUUUUCCAUUUAACUGCCAAUCCUGCUGAAGGUGUGGACUUUAAGGAUUACACUGUAUCAAAAGCUGAGAUCUUGUUGAAUAAAAAAUCCGGUCUCUCCGCCCUUGCCGGUACAACGAACUUCGGCACCAUCAUCUCCCGUCUCUCCUACACUUCUGGCUGCACGAAAGAAGAACACGAACGUGCUGUUUUAGCCUAUAAGGUCUACCUGGACAGAUUGAUGAAUUACAUCUCCCAGUAUCUCUUCAAGCUACUAUCGACAUCUUCGAUAGAUAAAAUUGAUGGAUUGGUAUUUUCAGGAGGGAUAGGGGAGAAAGGAUCUAAAUUACGUGAGGAUGUUUUAAACAGAUUACAAUGGCUAGGUGUAGAGUUGGAUAAAUCUAAGAAUGAUGGGAAACAUACUGGGAAAGUUACAGGAAUCACAACGGAGAAAAGUAAGCUGAAAGCUUGGGUGGUAGAGACGGAUGAGGAAGGGUGGAGUGCGAAAUUGGCAAGGGAUGAAUUUGGAUUUUGA